UAAAAUAUGUAUAUUUUUAAAAAAGACACUCCAUUUAUUGUUGGUAGGAAUUCAUGAAAUCUAACUGAUAAGAUAAUGCAUACAUCAUGUAAAUUCUUACUUCGGAAAUAUGUUGUAACAUGUGAUGAUAUAAGAAAGACGUGAAAAUAUGGACACUUUUCUUUUCAUACAUAUGUUCUGACAUUCUUUAAAAAAGUUUUUAUUACGAUAUUUUUAAAAAUUAUGAGAUAAUAAAUUAAGAAGUUUAUUGGUCUACAUGUUAUCGCCAUUAUGUGGUUAGAUUAAUAACAAUAACCCAAAGAAAUACUUAUUAAUCUUCAAGGAAACAUUUCAAACAAUUUUGAUUUGAGCUUCACGCGUGACGUGAAACUGUUUGUAAAGGAUACGAUUAUUUGAAGAAACUAUUAAGAUGUCGAAAAAAAUCAUAUGUUUAUUUGAUAUAGAUGGCACAUUAACUGAACCAAGACAACCAAUAAAAAGUAAUGUUGAAAAAUUUCUUUUGAAUGUAUUGAAAAAAGAAUUUGAUAUUGCCAUAGUCAGUGGAUCGGAUUUAGAAAAGAUCAAGGAACAACUUGGUAAUGAAGAUAUAUUUGAUAAAUAUAAAUAUAUAUUUGCUGAAAAUGGACUUGUUGCUUACAAGGAUGGCAAAUUAUUACCAUCGCAGACUAUUCAAAGUAUAAUCGGAGAAGAUUCGCUACAAGAUUUAAUCAAUUUCACUUUAAAAUAUAUAUCCGAAUUGAAAUUACCGUUUAAACGUGGAACUUUCAUAGAAUUUAGAACUGGUAUGCUCAACAUUGCACCAGUGGGACGUAAUUGUACAGAUGAAGAGCGAAAUCAAUUUCAUGAAUACGACAUAGAAAAUCAUGUGCGCCAAAAGUUCAUACAAGCACUUAAAAAAGAAUUUCCUAAUUUGGCUUUGAUGUAUAGCAUAGGUGGACAAAUAUCUUUUGAUGUCUUUCCUGUUGGUUGGGAUAAAACAUAUUGUUUAAGGCAUAUACAAGGUUACGAAGAAAUACAUUUUUUUGGUGAUAAAACAGCUCUCGGUGGAAAUGAUCAUGAAAUUUAUGAAAGUGACUUAACCAUUGGACAUCGUGUAACUGGUCCCGAGGAUACAAUUAAUCAACUAAAUGUUCUUUUGACUUUUGUUAAAGAGAAUAAAAAAAAGGAACAAGCAACAAUACGUUAAUAAUGUUUUAAGUUAAAUUGUACGUAUGUUGAUAUAAAUUCUGUUAUAAAUAUUAAAAUCUUGUUAAAUAUUAUGCUUUA